UGAGCGAGUGAGCGCUGGAACUGCUCGCCUCUCCCCUGCCCCCAUCCGGGAGCCACGUGGGAGCCCAGGUGGAAGCCUUUGCUUCUCCACCUUCCAACUGGCCCUGCAGGAGCCCUGUGAAGUUUCCCUUUCUGUUUAGCCAGAGUUUUAUGGUUUUUCAGAAAACAGGUUAACAAUUAAGCUAAUUAACCUCAGAGCCCCUGGCCCUCUUGUUCCUAUAAAGCCAGGUUAAAUGGCUUCUGCCCCCAGCCUCUCCUGCGGCCUUUGAGGCCAACGCUGGCCAGAGCCUCCAGGGGGCUGCAAACCCAGCAAGAUGAGGCGGUUCCUGAGGUCGGGACUUGACCCUGUGCGGGAGCGGCUCAAGCGGGACCUCUUCCAGUUCAACAAGACAGUAGAGCAUGGCUUCCCGCACCAGCCCAGUGCCCUUGGCUACAGCCCCACGCUGCACCUCCUGGCCAUCGGCACACGCUCUGGAGCAGUCAAACUCUACGGCGCCCCGGGGGUGGAGUUCAUGGGGCUGCACCGGGAGAACAACGCCGUGGUGCAGAUCUACUUCCUGCCUGGCCAGUGCCAGCUGAUCACGCUGCUGGAUGACAACAGCCUGCACCUGUGGAGCCUGAAGGUCCGAGGUGGGGUGUCGGAGCUGCAGGAAGACGAGUGCUUCACGCUGCGAGGCCCCCCCGGGGCUGCCCCCAGCGCCACGCAGAUCACAGUGGCCCUGCCACACUCCUCCCGAGAGCUGCUCUACCUGGGCACCGAGAGCGGCAACGUGUUCGUGGUGCAGCUGCCCACCUUCCACACGCUGGAGGAGUGCGCCAUCAGCUCGGACUCAGUGCUGCAGCGGUUGCCCGAGGAGGCCCGCCACCGGCGGGUGUUUGAGAUGGUGGAGGCUCUGCAGGAACACCCUCGGGACCCCAACCAGAUCCUCAUCGGCUACAGCCGGGGCCUCAUUGUGGUCUGGGACCUGCAGGGCAGCCUCGUGCUCUGCCACUUCCUCAGCAGCCAGCAGCUGGAGAGCGUGAGCUGGCAGCGGGAUGGCCGCCUGAUUGUCAGCUGCCAUUCCGACGGCAGCUACUGCCAGUGGCCUGUGUCCAGGGACGCCCAGCCUCUGGAGCCCCUGCGCAGCUGCAUGCCUUACGGUCCUUUUCCUUGCAAAGCUAUUACCAAAGUCUUCUGGCUGACCACCAAGCAGGGGUUGCCCUUCACCAUCUUCCAGGGCGGCAUGCCCCGGGCCAGCUACGGGGACCGCCACUGCAUCUCGGUGGUGCACGACAGCCGGCACACUGCCUUCGACUUCACCUCCCGCGUCAUCGACUUCACUGUGCUCUCCGAGGAGGACCCCGCCGCUGCCUUUGAUGACCCUUACGCCCUGGUGGUGCUGGCCGAGGAGGAGCUGGUGGUGAUUGACCUGCAGACGGCGGGCUGGCCGCCGGUCCAGCCGCCCUACCUGGCCUCCCUGCACUGCUCGGCCAUCACUUGCUCCCACCACGUCUCCAACAUCCCCCUGAAGCUGUGGGAGCGGGUCAUCGCCGCCGGCAGCCGGCAGAACAUGCACUUCUCCACCAUGGAGUGGCCCAUUGAUGGCGGCGCCAGCCUGGCCCCGGCCCCGCCCCAGAGGGACCUGCUGCUCACGGGGCACGAGGAUGGCACAGUACGCUUCUGGGACGCUUCAGGGGUCUGCUUGCGGCUGCUUUACAAACUCAGCACGGUGCGGGUGUUCCUCACUGACACCGACCCCGGCGAGAGCCUCAACGCCCAGGGCGAGGACGACUGGCCCCCGCUCCGGAAGGUCGGUUCCUUUGACCCCUACAGCGACGACCCCCGGCUGGGUAUCCAGAAGAUUUUCCUCUGCAAAUACAGUGGCUACCUGGCUGUGGCAGGCACUGCAGGGCAGGUGCUGGUGAUGGAACUGAAUGACGAGGAGGCAGAGCACGCCGUGGAGCAGGUGGAGGCCGACCUGCUGCGGGACCAGGAGGGCUACCGCUGGAAGGGGCAUGAGCGCCUGUGUGCCCGCCCCGGCCCUGUGCGCUUUGAGCCCGGCUUCCAGCCCUUCGUGCUGGUGCAGUGUCAGCCCCCAGCGGUGGUCACCUCCCUGGCCCUGCACUCCGAGUGGCGGCUCGUGGCCUUCGGCACCAGCCACGGCUUUGGCCUCUUUGACCACCAGCAACGGCGGCAGGUCUUUGUCAAGUGCACCCUGCACCCCAGUGACCAGCUCGCCCUGGAGGGUCCGCUGUCCCGAGUGAAGUCCCUGAAGAAGUCCCUGCGCCAGUCCUUCCGCCGGAUACGACGCAGCCGGGUGUCCAGCCGGAAGCGGCGACCAGCUGGAUCCUCAGGAGAGGUGCCAGAGGGGAGUGCCAGGGCAGAACGGACGGGCCUGCAGAACAUGGAGCUGGCACCCGUGCAGCGCAAGAUCGAGGCCCGCUCAGCAGAGGACUCCUUCACUGGCUUUGUCCGGACCCUCUACUUUGCCGACACCUAUCUGAGAGACAGCUCCCGCCACUGCCCCUCUCUAUGGGCCGGCACCAACGGGGGCACCGUCUACGCCUUCUCCCUGCGGGUGCCCCCUGCUGAACGGAGAAUGGAUGAGCCGGUGCGGGCCGAGCAGGCCAAGGAAAUUCAGCUGAUGCACCGAGCGCCUGUGGUGGGCAUCCUGGUGCUGGAUGGGCGCAGUGUGCCCCUCCCUGAGCCCCUGGAGGUGGCACAUGACCUGUCGAAAAGCCCAGACAUGCAGGGAAGCCACCAGCUGCUUGUCGUGUCAGAGGAGCAGUUCAAGGUGUUCACACUGCCCAAGGUGAGUGCCAAGCUGAAGCUGAAGCUGACUGCCUUGGAGGGCUCACGGGUACGGCGGGUCAGCGUGGCCCACUUCGGCAGCUGUCGGGCCGAGGACUACGGGGAGCAUCACCUGGCGGUCCUCACCAACCUGGGCGAUGUCCAGGUGGUCUCGCUGCCCCUGCUCAAGCCCCAGGUGCGUUACAGCUGCAUCCGCCGGGAGGACGUCAGCGGCAUCGCCUCCUGCGUCUUCACCAAAUACGGCCAAGGUUUCUACCUGAUCUCCCCCUCGGAGUUUGAGCGCUUUUCUCUCUCCACCAAAUGGCUGGUUGAGCCCCGGUGUCUGGUGGAUUCAGAGUCCAAGAAGCAUAACCGGCCACGCAACGGCUCAGGUCCGGGGAAGGCCUUGGGCCGAACCAGGAACUCAGGGAGCCAGAGUGAUGGAGAGGAGCGGAGGCCCGGCCCUGUGAUGGAGCACGCCCUGCUCAAUGACGAGAGGGUCCUGAAGGAAAUCCAGAGCACGCUGGAGGGGGACCGCAGGAGCUGUAGCGACUGGCGUUCUCCGAGAGCGACCACGGGGUACAGCCUGAGCAAUGGAGGAGCAGAGUGAGCAUUCGUGCCCGCACCCGCGCCGCGCGGUGGACACACACUACCGAGGGCCGGCCCGCUGAGGGGCCCGCGCGCUGGCCUGGGCAGGGGCUGGGGUCCGGCUUCCACGCCACUGCUGCUCCCGGCCUGGGGGAGGGGGCCCGGCCUGGGCCUCGCCUGUCUCGGUCCUCUCGUCAGUGUUGCACAGUUUUCCUCCCCGCCCCCCUAUUCUGCAGAGGGCUGGGUUUUAAAUUAUAAAUUUUAUCUGCCUCUGGGUGAGUUUUUAAUAAACACCUUAUUACCUCUUCACUGGACUGUUCCAACAACUGAUUUUUUUAAUGGUGCAGUUUCCCACCUAACUGGAAACAGUCGUUAGCUGUUCCCCGCCUGAGCCCGGGGCCCUGCAGCAGGCGGGCGCUCAGCAGCUCUUGGAAUCAGCGCAAACUGCUUGGGUGUAUCUGAGCGCGACUGUGCCUUCUCUGUGCGGGAAUAAAUAGCAAACAGUCACCGCCCUGAGUCUGUCUUACUGCAUUCAGGGUGGGGCACA